AUGUACCGCUCCUAUCCAAAUGUUUUGCCUGUAGCUAAUAGGUAUCUUGGGCAUAAAAUUUUUCUCAAAGAACAAGCAGAUCAUCAAAGUCAUGUAAAAAACGCACGGAGUGUAUUGAAUCUAUCAGAAUCUUCGGAACAAUUUAAAUUUUCACCAAGUGUUAGACAAAAACAGACUAGAGAACAUGGAUUAGCAAUGAUCAAACAAGAAAAUGAACGUCUCCGUAUGAGAAUGACAAAAACUGAAUCGCAAGUUGAUACUCACAACCAUUAUGUACUUCAUAGUUUGAAUAUUUCGAAACGACAACGUGAAAAAGCUCAACAUGAAACUGAAUUAGAACGACUUAAAAAGCAGUUAGGUCAAGUUCGAACAAGUUAUCCUGUGCGACAAUAUCGGCAAGAUUUUGCAAAAAAUAAAGAUCUUCAAAAUCGAUUGACUAGAUAUCCAUUGAAAGUUAAAUAA